GCAUAGCCUCGAUCAGCUUUCGGAAAUGGUAGUUUUCGGCCUACAGACGCUGGGGAAUGAGAAUGAGAAUCUCAUGUGAACCAGAAAGGAAGUCGAGGUACGUACCGGACGAUAUCGCAUCACGUGCACCGGUAUAUCAUUCCGGUGUCUCCAGAACCUCAAGCCUCCAUUAGGCCCCACCACCACAUAACUCAACCCUCCGAACUCCGACAUCAUCCAAUAUCCCAGAAACCAGCAAAGAUUAGAGAUAAGAGACGGUUCCCACCCGGCCCAAAUCUUAACCGGUGCAUCCCCAUCCCGCGGAGCCGCCAUAUUCCGUCCCACCAUCCAAGCCCGUUCCCGGAAUGACCUCCGCCGCCACCAACCCACCCCUCUCAUCCACCCCCAUCUCCCCCUCCACCUCCACCUCCCACAACCCCACCACCUCCACCUCCUCCAACCCCAUCCACACCUCCCAACCCCCCAUCAAUCCCGAACCCGCCGAGCUCGACAGCACACCCAUAUCCCCCGUGGGCAGAAACGCCGCCGUAUCUCAAGCAGGUAGCGACGCGGCCGCCGGCGCGCCCGGCGGACGCCCGGACACCCAUGGCACAGGCUUCGAGGAGAUGACGGAGGGGUCGGGGCGGGAGAAGUGGGCGCAGUUGCUGGAGCAGCGGAAGAAGGAUCCGGCGGUGUUGGUGGAUAUACCGGGGACGCCGACGGCGGGGGAGUUGGCGUUGAAGUUGGCGGAAGGGGAGGAGAAGGGGGCGGGGGAGGGGAAGGCGUAG